UCACAUUCACACCAAUUUACAAUGCUUCAGUUGAGCGAGUCUUCUUCAACCUCCAAACUCACACAAAACUAACCAAGCUAAGUUGCAAAACACAGCUCAGCUUAUAUAAUUCCCAGCCAUGUCUUGGUGCACCAUUGAGUCGGAUCCUGGUGUAUUUACAGAACUUAUACAUCAAAUGCAAGUUAAAGGGGUACAGGUUGAGGAGCUGUAUUCGUUGGACCUCGAAGCUCUCGAUGGCUUAAGGCCAGUAUAUGGGUUGAUUUUUCUUUUCAAAUGGCGUCUCGGAGAAAAGGAUGAUCGUGUUGUGAUAAAAGAUCCAAUCCCUAAUUUGUUUUUUGCUAGCCAGGUAAUAAACAAUGCUUGUGCAACUCAAGCACUCUUGUCUAUUCUUAUGAAUUCUCCGGAUAUCGACAUUGGUCCAGAGCUGACGAAGUUGAGACAGUUCACCAAGGACUUCCCUCCUGAACUCAAAGGUUUGGCUAUCAAUAAUAACGAAGCGAUUCGUAUGGCACAUAACAGCUUUGCAAAGCCUGAAGAGCCAAAGGUUGCAGGCAAAGAUGACAGUGUUUAUCAUUUCAUAAGCUAUUUACCUGUUGACGGAGUGCUAUACGAGCUCGAUGGAUUAAAGGAAGGUCCUAUUAGCCUUGGACAGUGCUCCGGCACACAAAGUGAUAUGGAAUGGCUGAAGAUGGUGCAACCUGUGAUCCAAGAACGCAUCGAGAGGUAUUCCCGGAGUGAGAUAAGAUUUAAUGUCAUGGCAGUUGUCAAGAACAGGAAAGAGAUUUACACUGCUGAGCUCAAGGAGCUUCAGAAGAGGCGAGAGCAUAUUUUGCAGCAGCUGGCCGUAUCAACGUCAGAGAGACUAGUGGACAAUAGCAGCUACGAGGCGCUGAAUAAUUCUUUGUCAGAAGUGAAUGCUAGCAUCCAAGCUGCUACCGAGAAGAUCUUGAUGGAGGAAGAGAAGGCGAAGAAAUGGAAAACGGAAAAUAUUCGUCGCAAACACAAUUACAUCCCGUUUUUAUUUAACUUCAUUAAGAUUCUUGCUGAGAAGCAGCAGUUGAUGCCUCUCAUUGAGGAGGCCAAGAACAAAACAAGUAGCCCUCAGUGAAAGAAUUUUGAGUCACAAAUUGUCACAGCAUUAUGAUUUCUGUUCUACCUUGAACAAAAUAAUUUGAUAUCUUACCUAAGUUACACAAAUAACUGCAAGAUGCAUUGCUUCAAUCAAUAACUAGAACUUUUUGAAU